UUUGUAUAUACAUGUAUUUACAGGCAUAUGUUUAGAAAGGUUUAUACUUUUACCGAACAUCUAACAUCAUAAAUUAACGUUUAAGGAGUCUAUUGAACCUCGUUUUUCAAAUAUUUUAUAAUUUUCAGUGGUUACAAUACAUUACAAGUAAAAAAAGAUCAUAUGACAAUCAUACGGUAAAUCGUCACUUACAACCGAACAACCGAAGUGGAUUUGAACAUUCGAUUGUAAUAGAUUUGAAGUUAAAUAAUUUGCAAAUGGAAGUUAAUAUCGGCAAAAAUCAAACCGAAAUGUGUUCUUAUUGUAAAUGUGUUAGUUCAGACAUUGGAUUAGAAAAGUACUUUUGUGUUUUUAUGCAUUUUCAAUCCAUUUGGUUUAAUAUUUUUUGGCGUUUUUAAUGAAAUAAAACAAUUAUGGAAGAUUUGACUCCAUUUCAUGGAAAAUGCAACAAGGAAAGGUUGCCCAUGAUGACACUGUUCAUCGUUAUUGUCGAUGCAGUACUUCUAGUAACAUUAGGAUUAAAGAGUGAUGGCUGGUCGAAAGUAACAGAGGGAGACAUCAUAGUUAUUGUGGUGGUGUUGGUGUUUACAGUGUGUAUUCUGAUAGCGGACAUCACACAUUUGGUUGAACGAGUUCUGUUUUCACGGAAAAUGGGUGCAUACAUUGAAGAAGCAGAAUUCACAGCAGAUUUUAAGUGUGUUAUAUGUUUGGACAACUCCAAAGAUCAUAUAGGAAAAUUAAAGUGUGGUCAUACAUUCCAUUAUGAGUGUAUAUAUGACUUUAUAACAAGGGAAGCAUUGAAUGAUGCUGUUCCCAGCUGUCCUUUAUGUCGUAGGACAAUGGAACGGUUUGAUAAAUGGAUUUGGAUGCUAAAUUGGAGACAUUUGAUGUUUAGGGAUCACAGUGACAUGAAAGGACUGAUAAGCACUGUCUGAAGAAGACUUAACAACGAGUUCUGUACAUUCAAUUUUGAACAGAGCAAAGAAAAUGUAUUUUAUAACAAUUAACAAUUAGCUUGAUAAAAUACUUAUUGUUUUAUUAUUUUCUUUUUACUUCUUUCAUUUUGUUUUUAUUCGUAUUUGUGAACUGCAAAUAAAUCAUUGGAAUCUCUUUUUUUUACAUUGUCAAUUUUAAUAAUAAGUAAUGAUGCGUAAGAUCAUCAAAAAAGUAUGAACAUAAUAAUUAUAUCAAGUAUAAUGUGAAAUAUCUAAAAACAGUUUUAAUUGAAAACUAUGAUAAAGAUAUGAAUAGAAACCAAAAAAAUGAUCUUCGAGAAUCUGUUUACAUAAAAAAAAUGGUCGAUAAAAAGAUAUAGUCUUGAUAUUUCAUGUGUUUUGUCAUAAAUAGAAAAAAUUAGAUAGGAUGAUACAACAUAUUUUCAGUACAUAUUUUAAAAGUGCAUUCUUAAGUGUGAUUACCGUAAUCUAAAACAAAUAGAAAACAAUAUCAUAGCUCAUUCUUAAUGUUGUAAUAAAAAAAUGUAUUGCGGAGUACUCACGUAUUGUAAUAUCUACGGGAAAGAAUGUUUUGCUUUGUCCUCAUGUCAUCGUUUUAUUGCAUAUGAUACGCUUAUAAAAGUGUACUCAUAAGAAACAUAACUUAAACAUGGGAUGAACUAUAUACAUAGUUUUUUAAUAUACGUUCUGUAUCUGCAUACAAGUCAUCCAAUUGUUCGUCAGAAUAGUGACAUAUUUUGCAAUAUCUCAUGCAAUUAGUGUUUUUUUCUACCUUGUCCCAGCGUAUUCUAAGCAAUUUGUUUUGGUCUGUUUUUGGAUUUAAGCUGCAAUAGACGUCUAGUUAAAUUAUUUCAAGAUGCCCUGUGAUAUACGAAAUCAACCACCUCCUCUGACAUGUCACAUUUUGAGACGAAAACAGACCACAAGGGAUGUCUGCUUUUAAUUUUAAGAAAUUGCUAAAGCAUUGAUAUCUUUCAUGCCAUAGAUGACAUAGUAUUAGGAAUCCUACACAUUUUUUAACACUUUUAUUAACCUCGAUUGUGUUUUUCUUUGCUGCGAAGCCGCUAUCCGUGUUAUUCAUAGCAUGUGGCGUUCUACACCUUGGUAAUGCUUUUAAAAAAUAAUAAAUAUAAACAUUUUCACGCUUUUUUCGCUAUUUUUUGGAAUUUUUGAGUUUUGGCUUCUUUGUCAAUUUAUUAUUUUCAAUGCUAGUAAUUUGACGCAAGUGCUCCUGAUGAAAUAUAUUCGAUCCAUUAUCAACAAAAAUGAGGGUACCUGAUUUGGUUGAACAAAUCACCAUACCAUUCGUUGUUCUUUUGAACUGUUUAUGAAC